AUGUCGUCGACGGAAGCGGCUGCGAGCAAGACGUCGGUCCCGGCCUCGCCGGUGAAAUCCGGUUCGGCGAGUCCGACCGCAUCGAAGCAACAGGAGACGCCCGUUAAAACAACGACCCCGUCGCCGUCGCCUCCGACUCGGCAUCACCAUCCCAACCAGCCGGCGCAUCCGAACCAGCAGCAGAUGGAGCACUUCCAGCGGAUUAAGCGGAUCGUCAAGAGCGCCAUUGCCGAGCGCAAGACCUUCAUGAUAUGCGGCCGAGCCCGCGUCAUCCGCGAGUGCCUGCUCGCUAGGGGCUGGUGCGAAAAGUACCAUAGGAGGAGCGUCACCGAUACCAGCGGCGUGGGCGAUCUGCUUCAGUUGAGCGUGGACUCGAACCCGUCGGCUCUGAUGGCCGGGAUCGGUAACCUCGCCGAGCGGCAAAACGAGCGGCUGCUGGUCUCGAGGAUGCUGUCUAACCACACCGUCGACUUUCUCUGGAACGCCGGCUCCGUGUGGACCGGCUGGCCGUCCCAGGACAACAAGACCACCAUCUUCAACCGGUAUGCCCGGGCCAACUUCACGUCCAAGGUGGGCCUGUGCUCCAACGUGCGCCAAAUGCACUGGUACUACGAGGCCGGUAUAGCCAACACCCUGUUCCCGCGCUGCUACAACAUCAGCCAGUCCGACCAGCUGCACGCCUUCAUCGACGACUUCAGGCUGACCGCGUGCCUGUCGCUGCUCAAGUGGUUCGCGGGCAAGGUGGCGGCCGAGGGUGAGGAAUCGGUGAGGGCAGCCAAUGGCGUCGUUCCCAUGAAAGCCCUGGACUUUGCUCUCGGCCGGUGCAGCGACUUACUCGGCAGCAAGUCCCACGAGGACAUUGACCAGGACCUCGAGAAGGUCUGGUCCCACCAGUGGGAGCAGUUCAUCACCUGGUACUACAAGCUCGUCCACGGGAACGCGCUGCUCAUAAACAACGGCGUACCGCUCAACAAGUACGCGCUGGGUGCGCAAAAUCUCUUGAAGAGGCUGAAAAAGUACUGGCCGCAGCUCGACAUGGACGGCACCAUGAACAUAUGGAUAUUGAAGCCGGGCAACAAGAGCCGGGGUCGGGGUAUCGCUCUCAUGAACAAACUCGACGACAUAAUGGCCAAGGUCAAUCCGACGAACAAGGCCACGGACACGCGCUUCGUCGUACAAAAGUACAUCGAGCGUCCGCUUUUGAUUUACAACACCAAGUUCGAUAUCAGGCAAUGGUUCAUCAUCACCAAUGCCCAACCGUUGACAAUUUGGAUGUACAAAGAGAGCUACCUGCGCUUUUGCUCGCAAACGUUUAGCCUGACGAAUUUCCACGAGUCCAUCCACCUGUCCAACAACGCCGUCCAGUGCAAGUACAAGAACAGCCCCGACAGGGACGCUGCGCUGCCUGCGGAGAACAUGUGGGACAUUGCUGCCUUCAAGGAGUACCUGAGGGGAGUCCGAGGUAACGAGGACGCCUGGGACAAGAUGAUAUAUCCGGGGAUGAAGGAGGGCUUGGUCGGGUCAUUGUUGGCAAGCCAAGAGGCGAUGGACCAGCGGAAGAACAGCUUCGAGCUGUACGGAGCCGAUUUCAUGGUGAUGGAGGACUUUUCUGUUUGGCUCAUCGAGAUCAACAGCCAUCCGGACAUGAGCAACUCGACAAGCGUAACGACGCGACUCUGCCGCAAAGCCAUGGAGGACACGAUCAAAGUGGUGAUAGACCACAGGGAGAACUCCAACGCCGACACGGGCGGCUUUGAGCUCGUCUACAAGCAAAAGUUGUCCUCCUGCCAGGCCUACCUGGGCUCGGCUCUUUCGCUCCAGGGAACGCGGAUCUCGUUCUCCCCCGGGGACGUUAGCAAGCGCUCGAGUACCAACAGCAACACCACCGCCAUCGUAACUUCGGCUUCGUUGAAGAAGAAAAGAGCUCCGUUGCUCCAGCAACAGCAGCAAACGGCGAUUCGCGUGGGUCCGGUGCUCGUCGAUCUCAUGGAGGAGCUCGAGAUGCAGUUGGACAACGAAUUCUACGAGUAUCUCAAGCUACGGACGCCGAGCGGCAUGUCCCGGCAGAUCCCGGCUCUGCGCGAGGCUCCUCCUGCGCGUGCCGAUCUCGUUACCGGUCAAGUCGACCCUGUCCCCAGUUUGCGUAGCCGCGACGUAGAGACGAGCACCGCGACUCCCAAGAGCGUUCACCUGCAAGACAGCGACGACGCCGGCGAAACGACCAUGCCGAGGGCGACCAAGUCUUCGCUACCGCUUAAGGCCGGCACUGAAAAAUCGGCCAAGAGCUGUGCGAAAAAUUACUCGAGCAAACGGAGAACCAAGACAUCCCAAGCAAGACGCGCCGAGUUGCCAGAGUCCUCGCUGACGUCGCAAACUACUCGGAUGCUCAUUUCGAGGAUCGAGGACAUGAAGAAGGAGGGGGCCGUGAAAAAUAAGGCGGCUUUCUCGAGUACGACCAUCAAAUCGAAUCGCGUUGCAAAGGUGGACAAACAUUCGAUACGUUGGCGCUCUCGAGUUGCUUACUACCUUUUGAGUAUGUGUAACAAAAAAAAUAAUCAAGUUCUGAUCAACGUCUCGGACCUAUAUGCCGUUGGAUUAGCUGUGAAUAAAUAA